AGGAGGGGGUGCAGCGGAGGCUUUGCAACCUCCACAGGAGGACACAAUGCAGACUAGGCUUAGCGCAGCGCCUGGGCCAGAUACCUGGGAGUGAGCAGAGCGGUAGUGUCAAGAGUACCUGGGACCAAACAGGCAACUUCUUUGGAGCAAUGGGAGCAUCCAGCCAGGCCCCAGAACUGAGAGGACAGAAUGCGCAUCGGGACGCCAGAGGAGCCAGCCUCUAGCCCGGGGCAGAGCGGGGAAGGAAGCCAGCAGGUGGACUGCCGUAGCUCACCGGGACUGGCAUCGAGGUGUUGGGGUGACAUCUGAGAUGAGGGAGCCCGAGGCGGGAAGACUGAUAGCACUUUAGCUUAGCCUCGGGGUCCUGUGUUGGAGUCCUUGGAGGGAGAAGCGUGGUCUGUAGGGAGCCUGGGUGUGCGCAGCGCUUGGUUAGCUACACCCCGCUCCGCCCCCUCCCCCUCCAGUUCUCACCCCACCCCCACCCCCCCGACCCCCUUGUUCGGAUUGCCAUCUUCCCCAUUUGAGGACGGCUCCCCACUGGGGGAGUCUAGGGAAGAGCGGGGUCUGCAGAGCCUGGAACCCCACAGUGACCACGUGAUCCUGGGAACUUGGAUUUGGGGGCGGCAGGUAGGAGCGGGGUUCGUUUCCUCUUGCUCUUCGGCACCCUGGAACAGAGCCUGGGAUAGGGUUCCCACUUCCCUUGUGUGUGUGUCUCUCUGGCUCUUUUUGGAAGCAAGUUCGAACAAUGAUCACAGUCAAUUCCGAUGGGAAAAUAAUGGUCAGAAGAUGUCUGGUCACCUUGAGACCCUUUAGGCUGUUUGUUCUGGGAAUCGGUUUCUUCACACUCUGCUUCCUGAUGACAUCCCUGGGAGGCCAGUUCUCCGCCCGACGCUUGGGGGAUUCACCUUUUACUGUGCACACUGAAGUUAUUGGUGCAUUGGAGUCCCGGGUUGUCUUACGAAAGAUGAGUGACCUAUUGGAGUUGAUGGUAAAACGCAUGGACACAAUGGUGCGUUUGGAAAACGGCAGCGAGUUUCACAGGGGCGAUGAGGGCCAUGCUGUGGAUAGGUUCUCACCAGGUGCCAAGCUGAUGGAAAAGAUCCAGGCCAUUGCCCAGAAUGUCUCUGACAUUGCCGUGAAGGUGGAUCAAAUCUUGCGCAACAGUGUCCUGCACAGCAAGGUGUCCGAAGGCCAGCGAGAUCAAUGUGAGGUGCCCAAUGACCCUAAAUACCCAGACUGCUCUGGAAAAGUAGAGUGGAUGCAUGCACGAUGGACUUCUGAUCCCUGUUAUGCCUUCUUUGGUGUGGAUGGCACUGAGUGCUCCUUCCUAAUCUACCUCAGUGAAGUAGAGUGGUUCUGUCCCUUAAUGCCUUGGAGGAAUCAAACAGCAGCGUUGCCUGCCCCUAAGCCUCUGCCUAAAGUCCAGGCAGCUUUCCGGAGCAAUCUCUCCCACCUCUUGGAGCUUAUUGGAAGUGGGAAGGAGUCACUGAUCUUCAUGAAGAAGAGGAUCAAGCAGUUGGCAGCCCACUGGGCUCUGGCCGCACAACGCCUGGAAGCAAAGCUAAAGGGAGCGAGGAGGGAUCAGAAGCAGAUCCUCAUCCAUAUUGGUUUCUUGACAGAGGAAUCUGGGGAUGUGUUCAGCCCAAGGGUACUGAAAGGGGGUCCCCUGGGAGAGAUGGUACAGUGGGCAGACAUCCUAGCUGUCCUCUUCGUCCUGGGCCAUAACCUGAGGAUCACUGUGUCCUUGAAAGAGUUGCAGAGUAACUUAGGGGUGCCGCCAGGCCGGGGAAGCUGUCCACUCACCGUGCCCUUGCCCUUUGAUCUCAUCUAUACUGACUACCAUGGCCUGCAGCAAAUGAAACAACACAUGGGACUCUCCUUCAAGAAAUACAGGUGUCGAUUCCGGGUCAUUGACACCUUUGGGACAGAACCUGCCUACAACCACGAGGAGUAUGCCACUCUGCACGGUUACCGAACCAACUGGGGUUACUGGAAUUUCAACCCAAAGCAGUUCAUGACGAUGUUCCCUCACACACCGGACAACUCUUUCAUGGGCUUUGUGUCAGAGGAACUGAACUCGACAGAGAAGCAACUUAUAAAGAACAACAAAGCCAGCAAUAUGGCCGUGGUAUACGGCAAGGAAGCCAGCAUCUGGAAGAUGCAGGGCAAGGAGAAGUUUCUGGGCAUCUUGAACAAAUACAUGGAGAUCCAUGGCACUGUGUACUAUGAGACCCAACGGCCACCAGAGGUCCCUGCCUUUGUGAAGAACCAUGGCCUUCUACCACAACAGGAAUUCCAACAGCUGUUGCGAAAAGCCAAGCUCUUCAUAGGGUUUGGCUUCCCUUAUGAAGGCCCUGCUCCUCUAGAGGCCAUUGCCAAUGGCUGCAUCUUCCUGCAAUCCCGCUUCAGUCCACCUCAUAGUUCCCUCAACCAUGAAUUCUUUCGAGGAAAACCCACUUCAAGAGAGGUGUUUUCUCAACACCCCUAUGCUGAGAACUUCAUUGGCAAACCACACGUGUGGACAGUUGACUACAACAAUUCAGAAGAGUUUGAGGCUGCCAUCAAGGCCAUCAUGAGGAUUCAGGUGGAUCCCUAUCUUCCCUACGAAUAUACAUGUGAAGGGAUGCUUGAGAGGAUCUAUGCCUACAUUCAGCAUCAGGAUUUCUGUGCAACUAGAGCACCCUCCCCACUGGUGGCUCCACCCCAACCUGCUCGAGCUCCCACUGCCCUGACGCCCAAUGCCACACACCUGGUUUGGCCCUACAAUGCCAGCCUGGGCUUGGAAGCCUGGCCCCCUGUGCACUCACUUCAGGGCUGGCUGGCAGAGACCGGGAGGACCUGCACAGACACCUGCUUGGACAGGGGCCUCAUAUGUGAGCCUUCCUUCUUCAACUUUCUCAACACCCCGGAUGCUUUCCUGAAGUUGAAUGUCACUUGUGAUCGAACUGAGUCAGAAAUGAAUCAUCUGUACCCGGCCUUUGCCCAGCUAGGUCAAGAGUGCUACCUGCAGAAAGAGCCGAUACUCUUUAGCUGUGCUGGCUCCAACACCAAAUACCGCCGGCUCUGCCCGUGCCGAGACUUCCAGAAGGGACAAGUGGCACUCUGCCAAGACUGCUUGUGAUGUCUUCGGGUUGAGCUGGGGGUAGGGGCUGCUGAUGGCCUCCUUUGUGCUGACCUUCUUCUCUCUGUAUUCUCUCUUCAUCCCCAUCCCCUAUCUCCCACCUUCACUGAGAACCGUUGGGAUAUGCUGGCUACACUGCCCCAUCCCCAGCAGAAAGCACCAGCAAUUUGGGUUCUCUGUGGCCCACACUCCCUGACUCCAGGCUGGGACAUUCCUUGUGAUGGAAAUGGGUCCUUCUCCAAGGCAGGAAAAUGGUAAUAGUGGAAUAACAAGGCUCCCUGGGGGGAAGGGAAGAAGGAUGAAUCUUAUACCUUAAGUCUCAGUUCUAGGCUCAUGAUUCCUACCCCUGAAAGGCCUAGAUACCAGGAGACCUAAGAAAAAUCAGCUUGAAUCAAGAGGAGCCCCCCAUGGCUUCAUCUUCCACAUCCUGCCAAACCAGAUGUAGGCCAAGAGAGGGAAGAUUUGAGCCAUUAAUGCAUACAUGAGUGGGAACAGAAAGCCAGGAAGGAGGCUGGUUGGAAGGUCCCUACAAGAAAGAUCAAGGGAAAUGGCUUUGACAUCCUCCCUGACCUCAGUGCAUGACACGCAUGAGGAAAUUAAAUCUUAAUGCUGGUUGCCUUUGAACAACCUCCUUUAUUUAUGGGACUUGCAUGAUCAGUCUAGGCCCUGGUCCUUUGCAGGUGGGAGAGUUAGAUGGAGGGAGUGGGCCUGGUAGUCUUCGGUGCUGCCUCUGAUCUCUUGCCUUCCUUCUCCAUGGCUCUUCGCUGAAUAGCCAAAGUAGCUGAACAGCUCUCAGGGCCCCAGCAUAACCCACCUUCAAGUAGCAGGGGCCAACACUGGGGGUGUGAGGACUGUUACUCAGGCCUUGAGAGCUGAUCUUUCCACUCUGUAAUUCCAAAUUCCCUCUUUUGGGCCUAGGCUUGAAAUCUAUUUAUUUUUCCUGACCCAGAAGCAUUAAGUUUAGCUCUAAAUCAGAAAUAAACCAGCCUAGGCCCAAUGGUGCAAAGUCAGUGGCCCCGCUAUGCAGGGACCAGGACUAGUAAAAAAAAAAAAAAAAGGAUUGGAUGACUUUCUUCAAGCCUUCCAGGCAAAUCCCUAUGAUUUCCAAGUCAUUCUGUUGGCAGAAUUUCUGAGAGCUCAGGCCACUGUAGGUUCCUUCCUUCUGUCCCUUAUCUUCAUUUAAGAGAAAUGCAGUUUUCCAGAAACUACUCCAUGGCCCUCUAAAAAAGCCCCCACCUUAGGGGUAAAGUUCAGAGCUCACCCCUGGAUGCCUGCCUACACAGAUGUUAGGUAUGGGCAUCUAGGGCCAGCUGCACAAGCGCUUUGCAAACUUUAAUAUACCACCUGAAUAUCAGCUGUUGUUAUCACCAUUAUUGUCAUUAUUAUAACUGUUAUUAUUAUUACAGACACUGGAUAAAGUUACAUUCCCACUCCAAAGGGGCAACUCCCCGGCCCCAACCAAAACUGUCCUUCCUGCCUCCAGAUUUCCCAAGCCUCUGGUCAACUCAAGAUUAAUCCACUCCUAUGCAGCAUGUCCUCAGCCACAAUCCCUGGGGACUCCCUGUCCUAACUUCCUUUGACUCUCAUUUCUUCGACCUUACAAAUAGACUAGCCAGGCCCAGAGCCGGGUAUCCAGGUACACUGCCACACCUCCCACCUCUCACUGACUAUCUGUCCCUCUGAGGGCUACCUGCUGUCCUGGAAUGCAACACCAAGCACUACCCCUCCCCUUUGCCCCUUUCCUUAAAACCCAGGUUGGGGGAAAACGCUACUGAAGAGUAGGGCAGCAUUCCAGGGUCUGGUUUUAGGUUCCUAGACUGACUGAGUGGGUCCCAGCCUGCUUAAAAGCAGGAACCAGAGGACCAGUUAAAAAGUCUUUGGGGCUAGAAAUAAGACAGCAGGGCCCUGAUUUCUGAUUCUGUGGGGUGGGGGAAGCAAUAGAGAAACUUUUUUCUUUCUUUUUCUUCCUUGCCUCCUUCUCUUCUGUCUUCAUCUCUUCCUUUCUUCCUUCCCUCCCUCCCUCCCUUCCUCUCUUUGU